ACCCCGAACAUGAGAACGCAGUUACUGACAAGUGAGUGAUUCCUGUUUAUAGCAUAGCUACUGAUGAUGAGUCAUAAUCGCACUGUCAUCAGAAGGGUGUCGCCCUUUUUUGUGUGUUUUUUCCUGAAGUCCAGUCAGGGAAUUUUUUCCCUCAUCACCUCAUCACCAGAUCUAAAUCUACAUCCGGAGCUCUGUGAGGCAAAUUAAACUGAAUGGACUGGAACUUUUACUAGCUCAUGUGGUUGAUGUAGGAGGUUCACACGGUGCAGAGUCAGUUACAGGGUGUGUUUAAAGCUGGGAGGUAAACUUAGCCUAGCUCUGCUUCCACCACACCUUUAAUACCAGACGCGGGAACGCGCACAGGCGCGCGGGCACGAGCACGAGCCUGACCUAAUACGGUUUUUCCCGAGAGAGAGAGAGAGAGAGAGAGAGAGAGAGGAGGAAGAAACGAGUCAGGCUGCAGUCAGUGGUGGUUGGGAUUCUUCACAGGAAGAUGGAAAUCAUAGCUCGUGUUUAAACCCUCGUGUUUUGGAGCAGCAGCCGGAGUACAGGGUGAUUAAUUGGCCGCAGGCUGGACGUUUGGAUGAAAACACCAUGGCGGAUGGGAGAUGAUUGGACGUGUCCUGAGUUGCUGCGUGUCCUUGUUGUGGUGUUGUGAGACGAGGAAUGCCUCUGAGAGAAUCCCCCUUCCCUAAUGGCUUCGUCGGGGCCCUGCACGCCCUGGGAUGGGGCCUUAUCUUCCCCUGCUUCUGGUUCCUGGACCGACUCAUCGCCGUGUGCGUGUCCACGACGCUGGAGCGCAGGCGGAGACGGGAAGAAGAGUGCUACCUCCACCCGCUCAAGGUCUUUUUUGGCUUGUUGCUCUUCCUUUUCCUGUUUCUUAUCUCAGCGCCGUUUGCUUUGCUGGGUGUCCUCUUUUGGGCGCCGCUCCAGUGCCUGCGCCGUCCCUUCUCUUAUAGGCAGCGGGAGGCGACGAUUAAGAUGCAGGACCGUAACGCUGGAUGGGAGGAGUCUGGAAAGGUGACGUUUGGGUUUUUAAGCGCUAAUCUGUGCCUCCUGCCCGGGGGCCUGGCGCGCUUUAAUAACCUGGCUCACACGCAGCAGCGGGCGCUCGCCAUCGGGCGCAACAUCGUGCAGGGCGUGAGCCGGCCACAUAUCCGUAUUUUUGUCGACUCGCCAAGUAGCUGCGGAGCCUUGAGCCCAUCCUCCAGCCUCCUGAACACAGGCUCCGCCUACUACGGCGCCACUGACGCUCAGACACAGCCAGCGCCACCAGAACAGGACGGAGACGUUCAUAAAAAUUCACCACCAGUCAGAGAGGAUCAGGCUGUGGAUGCUGAUAAAGAAAUCUGCCAAACGUCCACCGGAGGCGCCGUAGCAAGCAAUCACACACACGAACUCCAGGUGAAUGGAAGCCACGUGAAGCCAUCACGAGCGUUACACACGCCUCUGGAGGUGUCGGCUCUGUUUCCAGCCAACGUGGACAUCCUGUGCCUGCAGGAAGUGUUUGAUAAGAGGGCGGCGGCCAAGCUGGCUGAGAUUUUGUCUCCGCUCUUUGGUCACAUCCUGUAUGACGUGGGCGUGUACGCCUGCAGCGCCGGCUCCUGCUUUAAGUUCUUCAACAGCGGCUUGUUGGUGGCCAGUCGCUACCCGGUGAUGGAGGCGCAGUACCGCUGCUUCCCCAACGGCCGAGGAGAGGACGGUCUCGCCUCUAAGGGCCUGCUCUCUCUGAAGGUACAAACAGGGUUACAGAAGGGAGAGAAGAAAGUGGUCGGGUUUUUUAACUGCACUCACCUUCACGCUCCAGAAGGAGAUGGAGAGAUCCGAUGUGAGCAGCUGAGCAUGAUCACCAAGUGGAUCAGCGAGUUCCAGACCACAACCAGGCAGCAGGACGAGGUGGUGGUGUUCGACGUGCUGUGUGGAGACUUCAACUUCGACAACUGCUCUCCGGAUGAUGAUCUGGAGCAGAAACACACUCUGUUUAACGACUACACAGAUCCGUGCAGAGCCGCAGCGGGCCGAGAGAAACCCUGGGCUAUAGGCACUCUGUUACAGCAGCCUACAUUAUACGAUGAGGACGUGAACACUCCAGAUAACCUGCAGAGGACUCUGGAAAAUGAAGAGUUGCGUAAACUGUACCUGGCGCCCCCCAUCCCCCGGGGCGACACCCCUCUGCUGUACCCCGAACCCGGGGAGGCCUGGGUGGGCCGCCGCAUCGACUACCUCCUCUACAGAGAGAGCACUCUGACUGAGCGCUGGCACACGGAGGUUGAGGAGUUUACAUACGUGACCCAGCUGGCUACUUUAACGGAUCACAUCCCCGUCGGCCUGAGACUCAGCGUCACGCUCGACUCCUCGGGCUCUUGAGCUGGAACACACACACACACACACACACACACACACACUCACACAGCGCUUCAGACCUGCUGCUGUUACAGGACAGGAGAAUAAAAUAAACUGCAGCUAAAAUGCAGAAGCCUGUGCUGUGCCAAUGUUUUACAUAUCAGGAGCUAAAUCCUGAUUUAUCUGUGAUUUUAUCGCAAUAUUUUGUCAGGGUGAGAGUUCCGUCACUUCUGAUCUAACGAAGACACGUCUAUGGUUUGGGGUUCAUAUAUAAUCAUUAGAUAUGAUAUGAAUUUAAAUUGAAAUUUUGCACUCCUGCAGUAUGGAUUGUAUUGAAGUCGUUACGUCCUGCAUGGUUUAGGAUCCACUGAGAGGCUCCGACCUCCCCGGCAAUAAACAACAACUUUUUGUUACUUUUGUUUUGUUUUGUUUUGUUUUUUGUUUGUUUUUUUGUUUUUCAUGCACACACAGAUGAUUCAUGUAAUCUAUUUUAAUAAAAAAAAGUGACACUUUUCAAA